CGGAUGGCCGGCGGGGGCGAAGUCUGAGCGGGACCAAGGAUCGCCAGCGAUGGUCCGCGCCGUGCGGCUGGGCGCGCUGCUGGCGGUGCUGGUUCUCUGGGUCGGGGACCUGGCCAGGGCUGCGGCGCGGGAAGAUAAGUUCUCGGCGCUGACCAGCGUGGCGCGCGCCUUGGCGCCCGAGCGCCGGCUGCUGGCGCUGCUGCGGAGUUACCUGCUGGGGGAGGAGGCGCGGCUGCGAGACCUGACCAGAUUCUAUGACAAGGUACUUUCCUUGCAUGAGGAUUCAGCAACCCCUGUGGCUAACCCUCUGCUUGCCUUUACUCUCAUCAAACGCCUGCAUUCUGACUGGAGGAAUGUGGUACAUAGUCUGGAGGCCAGUGAGAACAUCCGAGCUCUGAAGGAUGGUUAUGAGAAGCUGGAGCAAGAACUUCCAGCCUUUGAGGACCUGGAGGGGGCAGCACGAGCCCUGAUGAGGCUGCAGGAUGUAUACAUGCUCAAUGUGAAAGGCCUCGCCCGGGGCGUCUUUCAGCGAGUCACUGGCUCUGCCGUCACUGACCUAUACAGUCCCAGGCAGCUCUUCUCCCUGACAGCAGACGACUGCUUCCAAAUAGGCAAGGUGGCCUAUGAUAUGGGCGAUUACUACCAUGCCAUUCCGUGGCUUGAGGAGGCUGUCAGUCUCUUCAGAGGAUCUUACGGAGAGUGGAAGACAGAGGACGAGGCGAGUCUAGAAGAUGCUUUGGAUCACUUGGCCUUUGCCUGUUUCCAGGCAGGAAAUGUUUCAUGUGCGCUCAGCCUCUCCCGAGAGUUUCUUCUCUACAGCCCAGAAAAUAAGAGGAUGGUCAGGAAUGUGUUGAAGUAUGAAAGGCUCUUGGCAGAGAGCUCUCACCAAGAAGUGGCUGAGACUGUCAUCCAGAGGCCAAAUGUGCCCCACCUGCAGACCAGAGACACGUAUGAGGGGUUGUGUCAGACGCUGGGUUCUCAGCCCAUUCACUACCAGAUCCCUAGUCUCUAUUGCUCCUAUGAGACCAAUUCCAGCCCCUAUCUGCUGCUUCAACCGGUCCGGAAGGAAGUCAUCCACCUGGAGCCCUAUGUUGCUCUUUACCAUGACUUCGUCAGUGACCCAGAAGCUCAGAAAAUUCGAGAGCUUGCAGAGCCAUGGCUGCAGAGAUCAGUGGUGGCAUCCGGGGGAAAGCAGUUACAAGUGGAAUACCGCAUCAGUAAAAGUGCUUGGCUGAAGGACACCGUUGACCCAAUGCUGGUGACCCUUAACCACCGCAUUGCUGCCCUCACAGGCCUUGAUGUCCGGCCUCCGUAUGCAGAGUACCUCCAGGUGGUGAACUAUGGAAUUGGAGGGCACUAUGAACCUCACUUCGACCAUGCCACGUCACCAAGCAGCCCCUUGUUCAGAAUGAAGUCUGGGAACCGAGUUGCAACAUUUAUGAUCUAUCUGAGCUCAGUGGAAGCGGGAGGAGCCACAGCCUUCAUCUAUGCCAACUUCAGCGUGCCUGUGGUUAAGAUCUCCACUGGGAAGGCCCAAAAGUCAGUGACGGAAGUGAGUCUGAGCCAGCUGGGUGAAGAAUCUGUGCCAGCAGGCUGAGGAGUCUACACUGGAGUCAGGAAGCAAUGCUUCAGCCAGAGCUCCCCCAAAGAGAACCGCAGUCAUCCUUAGUGACAGCAAGGACCUGAGCUCCUCUGAUGAGAACAGCCGGAUUUGUAUCAGGAAACCCAACCUGACAAGCUUCUUCAGCAGAAUGGACAGUAUACAUUUUCCCCUCCAGUUCUUUUACGCUGUUGGCAACAAUCCUCAAGGAGCCCUUCCACACCCAGCACCGUGCUGAUUCAGUUCAGUUAGGCUGUUACAAGUUACCCACUAGUUAAUCUACCAUAGUACAAGGGGAACCAGUUAUGGGGACUCUGGAUGCCUUGUCUAGGCAAUUUGAGACACGGUUACACUUCUUGCUGAGAUAGGAAACACAAGAGCAAGAACAAAUUUCAUGAGAAGGUGAGGUCAGUACAAAGUGGUCAUCUGGGAGACGGCUCAGUUUAUGAUUUGGGUCAUGGUUAAGCAAGGCUGCGAGUGACUGAGUUUCCUCUUUCAGCCUGUCCUGUUCUGCAUUGAUGGAGAUGAGACUGGAAUCCAAUUCCUUGGACAGUGUCAAGAGUGGCUCUGUCCGUCCCACCAGGUAUCUUGGAGCUCAGGAGCAGACAGAACACAAGAUACUGACAGGAGAAGGGCAGGCUUUCUUUUCUUUUCUUCCUUUCUCCUUCCUUUUCUUUUCUCUUUCUUUCUUUCUCUCUCUCUCUCUCUCUCUCUCUCUUUCUUUCGUCAGUGCUGAGGGUUGAACUCAGGGCCUUUGCACAGGUAUAUUCGCAGUCCCCAGCCCCACCUGAGACACGGUCUGUCAGUAACUUGGCUGUGCUGUGCCUGAACUUGCAGUCUUCCUGCCUCGGCCUCCCAGAGUGCUGGGAUUAUAGCUAUGUGUUACUACACCUGACUGUUUUUGGAGUUCUGUGGCAACUAAGUCUAAUGAACUGUCCCCUGCCUCUAUAUCAGCAGAAAUAAAGAUAAACAAGCUGAAUAAA